CCGAAAUAUCGAAUAAAAUUCACGCCGUCUAACGGCUUCCUGCAUACUAAUAAUCAGAUACUCAUGUACGCCCGCCCAGGUCGACCGAUCAAGGCAUGCGAAACAUGCAGGACUCAAAAGGCUCGCUGCUCAGGUGACAGGCCUAUUUGUACGCGAUGCUCACGUCUAAGGAGAAGCUGCAAUUACAACUCCGAGACUCUGGAGAUGCCAAAGACCUUGCAGCCGCAGCAAGUCCCAGAUCUAGCUAAUCCUUCUCUUCAACCACCAUACACAACUGCUCCCAGGGUUGGCCACUCUCAGAGUCGCCACGCCGGACAAGUUAGCAAUUUUGCUUACUGCCCUCCUUCAGUACACCUUACCUCUCCAGUAGAAGAACGAUAUCAUGGAAUCCCGUCAUCACUUUUAUUAGAUCUAGUUGAAGUAUACUACGCACACGUAGGCAAUGCUUCUCUUGUUCUACAUAAAAGAUCAUUUCUAGAACAACUAGAAGCUGGCAUAGCCUGCCCUCAUGUUGUUAUAAGCGUCUGCGCAGUGGCGUCGAAUUUCUACCGAGAUCGGGAUAAUAACGCUACUCUCAAAGAACAAGGCUUUAUGACAGAGUGGGCCGAGCGAGCAGGCAAACUCGUGUUUCAAGAAGUCGAGAACGUUAAUGAGGAUAACCUUGUGACCUUUUGGAACCUUUUCUUUUUCUGGCACAGCCAGGGUUCGUGGCGGAAAUCCUACAUAUACAGAGGAAAUGCUGCUCAGGUCGCACAUGUUUUAGGGCUCGGGAUCGAACGGCCAGGCAUGAUGGAUUCGGUCAAUUCAGAGUUACGUCGCCGUCGAUUUUGGGCCUGUUAUCUGAUGCACUGCUAUGCAUCUGAACCAUUCUCUCAACCUGAGCCUGGGGGUAACAUACGGAAGCUGAGUCUACCCUGGCGGGAGGAGGACUUUGAAAUCGGUGUUCUCACGCACCGUCGGGUAUGUUUGGAGUCUGAUCAAACCAACGGAGGCAUCUACUGCGAACUUGUCCAUGCCUGGACGCUUUGGUCCUCUGUCAGUAGCUUGAUUAGAGGUCUAGAAUCUAAUGCUGGUGAAAUUGCUGCCAUCCAUAUACUCGAUGAUCGAAUAUCAGAUUGGUGGAAGAAACUUCCUCCCUGCUUACAAUUAAUACCGUCAAGAAUAUCUGAGGUGCCACAUGAAAUCCUUCCGAAUCUCCUACACCUCCAUAUCAUUUACCAUCAAUGUCUCUGCGCUUUACAUUCCUCAAUAGUUCCUCUAUUUAGCUGGAGUGGGGGGAAUGAUAACCGUUCUUCGGCCCGGCAACUAUCAGCGCAAAUAGCUUUUGAAAAUGCGUGCGCGGCUUCUGCCCUAAUUCACGCAGCUCUUUCUGAGUUCCCCAAACCUGGUAGAAUACCGAGUUUUGUUGCAUACGCCGCCUAUUGUGGAUGUGCAAUCCAGAUCCCAUUCAUAUGGUGCUCUAACCCAACGGUACGAGCAAGAGCUCGCGCCAAUGUCAGAGCGAACGUUAAGAUGAUACACAUAUUAGCGGAGUAUUGGAAGUUUUGCUCCCUAUUAGAAGUUCGCGUUCACUGUCUUCUCAGAGUCUAUAAAAGGAAUCAAAUACUUAUCGAGGAUGAGCCUAGAUACAUGGACCCAAACAAACUAGCUCACUUCAAGAUCAAUGCUCCUCGAGCCCGGGAGUCUAUUCUUGGGCAUAUCCAGACCCUAUGGACCAUCGGAGAUGGGUAUGCAAAGCCGGGUGAUGAGAAUACUGACCUAGGGAUUGAAGAAGAGUGCGAACCUCAAGCUGUGGGGCCAGACUUGAACAAUCGGGCAGGCUCCACUACGGGCCAUCCACAAACUCAGGAUGACUCGUCCCCUCCAUUACCACCACUUCCCCUACCCUUAACCGGGGAACAGUUCCGACAAUUUUCGCCGACAGUACUUCCAGCCGAUUGUCACAACGAAGCCCUGGAUUUAUCUAUCUCCAACCCAUGGUUUGACCCAGUGAUGCUUGAUAUGUUUCACAACAAUGGAGACUUUCCCCUUUUGGGAGGCGACGUUAGAGAGACACUGGAUUCGUACUUGUUGGAAGGGGGAUUGUGAAUAUAAUGGGUGGAUUGUCAGUGAAGAAUACUCCGGAUUUAUUCAUGUGCAUAUACAGUCGACAUUCGACGCUGCUUUACCACUGUAGCUCAUCCCAUUCACACAUGUCUUUAACGGACUGACGACAUGCAGCUAAUAAGGAACUUCCAAAGUUGACAAACCUUAACCCGGUCCUAUUAUCGAAUAGCCUCGGCAUAUCCGACCAUUCCAAUCUAAGAUGGAAUUUCCUCCAUCUCCCUUUGCAUUACGAUAUUUGGGUCAGUAGGCUAUGAGCCACUAUCCAUGGAUAUAAAUACUGUUCACGAAGCUACACUUCAAUACCUUGCCAAGCUGAUAUCUCGUCAUGUUCAGUUUCUACUUUGCAAA